AUGAUUUCUGUGGUGGAAAGUGAUGCCACGUCAUUAGUGCCUUAUAUGAGCCCUGUAGAUCCUCUUAAACGAGCUUUGAUUGGGGAUGAAGCAGAUAGUAAAGAUGAAAUGAUGGGAGAAAUUGAGCAAGUUCUUGAUAUGUCCUGCAACUAUGUCCAUGGGUUUGGAAAAUUUGAGGAGUUGGACAGACCUGUCACUCUGACCCCUCCUAAGCCAUCUAUUGAAAAAGCUCGAAAGCUAGAACUUAAGCCUCUACCACCGCACCUACGUUAUGCUUAUUUGGGGAACUCUGAGACAUUGCCCGUGAUUAUCUCCUCCAGCUUGACUAACACUCAAGAAGAAAAAUUGCUCAGAGUACUCCGCGAGCAUAAAAAGGCUAUUGGGUGGACCAUUGCUGACAUCAAGGGAACUAGUCCAUCAUUUUGCAUGCAUAAAAUCUUCUUGGAGGAUGGACACCGCCACAGUGUGGAGCAGCAGAGGAGGUUAAAUCCCAUUAUGAAAGAAGUUGUGAAAAAAGAAGUAAUCAAGUUGCUCGAUGCAGGUAUCAUCUUUCCUAUUUCUGACAGCAACUGGGUAAGCCCAAUUCAAUGUGUGCCCAAAAAGGGAGGGAUGCCUGUGAUUGAGAAUGAGAAAAAUGAGCUAAUUCCUAAUCGCACUGUGACGGGGUGGAGAGUCUGCAUUGAUUAUAGAAGGCUCAAUAAAGUAACCCGCAAGGACCACUUUCCACUUCCAUUCAUUGACCAAAUGCUAGACAGAUUAGCCGGGCAUGAAUAUUAUUGCUUCCUUGAUGAAUUUGAGCAAGCGCUGGCCCAUUGUGAAGAAAUAAAUCUGGUAUUGAAUUGGGAAAAGUACCAUUUUAUGGUACAAGAAGGCAUCGUGUUGGGUCACAGAGUGUCCAGGAGCGGCAUUGAAGUUGAUAAGGCGAAGGUGGAGGCAGUUGAGAAAUUACCUCCAUCCAUUUCUGUGAAGGGAGUCGGGAGUUUCUUGGGACACGUGGGAUUCUAUCGGUUGCUUGAAAAAGAUGUAACUUUCAAUUUUGAUGACGCUUGCCUCAAGGAAUUUGAAGAACUCAAAAAGAAGUUGGUGGCUGCUCCCAUUAUUGUGGCACUAGAUUGGUCCUUACCAUUUGAACUUAUGUGUGAUGCGAGUGACCAUGCUAUUGGGAUAGUGCUAGGCCAGAGGAAAGACAAUGUAUUUUAUUCCAUCUACAAUGCGAGUAAGACUCUUGAUGAUGCACAGCUGAAUUACACCACCACUAAAAAGGAGUUGUUAGCUGUAGUGUGGGCCUUUGAGAAAUUUCGAGCAUACUUGGUGGGAACAAAAGAAUUUGAUGUAGAAAUACGAGAUCGAAAGGGCACUGAGAACCAAGUAGCUGUCCAUCUAUCAAGGCUGGAAAAUCACGAACACGUGGAGGAGGGUGGCCAAAUUAAAGAGGUAUUUCCUGAUGAUCAACUUUUUGCUAUAACCCAAGACCCUCCCCCAUGGUACGCAGACUAUGUGAAUUAUCUUGUGAGUUGGGUACUUCCUCCUGAAAUUGAAUCUGAAGCUAGAAAGAGGUUUCUGCACGAUGUGAACUUCUACUAUUGGGAUGAGCCAUAUUUGUACAAGCAAUGCGCUGAUCAGUUGAUGAGGAGAUGCAUUCUAGAAAAUGAGGUAGAAUUAGUGUUGUAUGAUUGUCACGCAUCACCUUAUGGGGGCCAUCAUGGAGGAGAUAGAACAGCUGCAAAUAGAACAGGAAUAAUCACAAGGAGGCAUGAGAUGCCUUUGAAUAACAUCCUGGAAGUUGAGAUUUUUUAUGUGCGAGGGUUAGAUUUUAUGGGACCUUUCCCAUCGUCCAGAGGAAACAAAUACAUUUUGCUAGCAGUUGACUACGUAUCAAAAUGGGUGGAGGCAAUUGCCUUGCCAACAAAUGAUGCCAUGGUGGUUGCUGCGUUUGUGAAAAAGAACAUAUUUUCGAGGUUUGAGACUCCACGUGCCUUAAUUAGUGAUGAGGGGACUCAUUUUUGCAAUCGGUUGAAUAACCUUCUAGCUAAAUAUGGAGUUCGCCACAGAGUUGCUACAGCAUAUCAUCCUCAAACAAGUGGGCAAGCUGAGGUAUCAAACGGAUAA